CUCGACUGAAGGCAAACACCAGGGAACAAACUUCACUAUAAAACGGCCCUGUCUUCUGGCUCCCGUCUAAAAACCACCUGCCGUCAUGGACAAACUACUAUAUCUAAUAUCACUAUCCAUUCACAUCCUGUGUGUGUGUGGAGAGGGUGUCGUACUAAUGCCAGUUGAACUUGCUCCCAUCCCCUGUAACGACAAAGCGGUGGAGAAGCUGUCUCGCUUGGCCGUCACUUACAUCAAUGAGGAUCGCAGCGAAGGCUACAAGUUUGCCCUGAACCGCAUCGCGAAUGUCCAUCUGCACGCUCAGGGCCCGGCAGGCAACGUGUAUUACCUCGACCUGGAAGUCCUGGAGACCAAGUGUCACACAGGCAGCAAGAAACCAUGGAAACGUUGUGACGUCAGGCCAUUCAUGGAAACGCAAAUCUCUGGCAACUGCAACACCACCAUCCUGCACACACCAGAGGGCUACUCCUACUUAUACAGCUACGAGUGUGCUCUCGUGCCAGAUUCUCCAGAGAAACUCCAGCAGAUCUGCCCAACAUGCCCCCUCCUGCUCUCCGUAGACAGCCCCGAGGCCAUGACUGCUGCUCGGGUCACUCUGGUAUCCUAUAAAAGGACGUCCACUAUGGCUGCAGGGCUCGGGGUGAAAAAAAUCACCAGAGCUGCCGCGCAGUCUGUGCCAGUAAAAGCCACCUUUGUGGAAUACACAGUGCAAGAAUGCCCCGAGGGAGUGACAGAAAGAGGCACCUGCCAGCGACUGACACUUGACUCGGACACAGAGACUGCAGGUUUCUGCACAGGAUCUGUACAUGGAAACAAGAAUACUGAUCCUGAUGUCCAGACGUCCUGUGAGAUGUUUAAAGUGCAGAAUGUGGAUGUCCUCCGGCCGGUGCAGCCACAGGGUCAUGACCUCCCAGAAAACCCAGCAAUCCCGACGUUCCCACCUGUGAUUGGUGGCCCAGGAAACGAUCCGCAGCCUGUUCCCUCUGACCCUCCCUUUUCCACUGCCGUUCACCCUGUUGACCCCUCUGUGGGUGUUAACCCAGCUGUCCCUCUUAGCUCUUCUUCCAGUGAGUCUGCUGAAGGUCUACUCACUGAGGCUUCUGACUCAUCCUCCGAGGAAAUCGGAGGCCCUGUGGCUCUGCGUCCCCCUUUUAACUUCCACUACCAGAGGCGUGACCGUGAAAAACGCCAGGCUUUGAACAACACCUCGCCCUCUCACAACCCUGUCUUCCUGUCUGAUUUCCCCAGCGGGCCCUCUCCUUUCCGAUCCUGUCCCGGUCCAGCUCGGUACACCACUGUUUAAGUGUUGCUGCUCUGUUCAGGAGUCUAUCUUUCCAUUUCUGAUUUAUCCAGCGAGAGCCUACGCUGAUAAACUGUUCCACUUUCUGUUGCUGGAAACAUAAAAAUAAUUUGUGCUAAUAAGAGGAAACCUAUCUCUUUUCACUGGCCCUGAAAUGACCUCUAAUACUGCUGCACUGUUAACUGCUUCUAAUGCAGCAAAAUAGCUUCAGAUGUUAUUACAAAUUUCAAUAAAACUUGUUUUGAAACCCUCA